UGAAGGUGGAGUGCAAAGUAUGAGAAUUGAGACAUUGAAAAGAUUCUACGCCACUUUUGAUGACAUUUAAAUAUCUACGCAAGCCUUUUGACAAGAAUGGAGCAAACUGGAAAAAAUAAGACAAAAUAUACUUCACAACACACAUCUACGUGGUCUAAUAAACAAACCACUGAUGCUAGAGUUCCAUCUGAUGCGUAUUGGAAAUAUAAUCACAGGAACGAUCAAGAUACCACUGAUAAAAAUAUUAGACGCCAUAAAAGUCCUAUGCCAGAACAAGCAGUGAAUUAUUAUACCUCCGGAAAUUCUUAUAAGACUCUUAAACAUCAUACUUAUCCAUAUUCGACACAUCUGAAAAAUUCUCCUGCUCUUCAAACGGAGUUACCACAUCGAUAUCAACAAACUACUACAAGAUCUGGUAAAAACAAAGAUUAUACUAAAAAUGUUCCUGGCGUAAACAAAGAUCGGUAUAAAAAUCAGCAAGAAAAUGACAACAAUGUAGGAUAUGUCGAUGAAGGACUAGGAAAUGUUACGGAAGAUAAUUUAGAGGACGAUGUUGAAGAAGAAGUAAAUGAAAACGAUCAAGAAAGGAUCGGGGAAUCUCUCAAUAAAGAAUACGAUGAGCAAGAGGCAGAUGAUGAGAUUGAUGAAGAAUCCGAUGCGCCUGCCGAACCACACGCGAUACAACGAAAUGCAGCUAAAAAAGAUGCAUUGCUGCGAGCACAGCAACGAUUGCGAAUAAUGAAUCAGCAACAAGAUCCGCAUAGAAUUCAUUAUUCUCCAAAUUCUCAGCAUCCGCCGAAAUUGUAUCAAGCUCAUCCUUUAGCAACAAGGUACUAUCACAAUAUACCUGAUCACGAUAUCCACGAGGCAUUGUCAGAGGAAGAUCUGUACACAACUCAAGUCCUGAAAAAUCCUCCUCGAAGAUUAUCAGCGGGUUAUCAUCAAAAUUGGAUUCCGCAGAGGAGUUCAACCGAUCGAUAUGACACAACAACUUCACCAAUCCAGCUAAGUCGCCGGGCACGGACGAGGCCAGAAAUGAAGUCCUUUAUGGAGGCAGAAUUUGCCGACAGGAGAAAGUGUAGCCGUUGUGGUAAUGUCUCGAUCAGAAAACCGUCAAUUUCGAGAAGAAACAACUACAGAUACCAGGAUAAUUCUAAUUUCUCGGCUAAGGCGCAUUUUGUCGACGAUGCCGAGAUUCUCGAUCAAUCCUGGUGCGGUCAUUGUAAACCAAAACACCACUUUGAAGAAAAUAUGGGACCUUGUGAAAUUCCAUCACCGAUUUUAUACACGAUGAAAUCACGACGCUCCAGAGACACUAAUAUACCAACGCACGAAACAUUGGAGGAAAAGCGUGUGAUGGACGAGUUAUCGCACGAAUACGCACGACUACCAACUAGAUACAUUAAAGAUACGCCAAACAUUUUACGCGAUAGGAUCAGACAUUCUGUACAGACAGCGCAGAGCCCACUAACCAGGAUGUCCAAUCGUUAUGAUCCUUAAACCAUUCUUCUCAAAAUUUGUCUUUUACAAACCCAAGA